CGUGUCGCGGAGCAGGAAGUGGAGUGGUCGCGUCCGUCCAAGUCUGGGUAAAGAGUGGUGGGAGCUGGUGAAAGGAGAGAGAGAAAGUGAGUGAGUGAUUGAGUGAGCGAGGGAAGGUGUGAAGAAAGGAGAAGGAGUGAGGGACGCGGGAUCCCUACCAACAGCGCCUGCCGUCAUCAGGCACCCCCAACCUGAACAAGGAAGUCAAAACUGAAAGUAAAGAGUCAACCGAUACGCUCAAAACUUCCUCCAAACUUUCUCGGACAAACUUUUCUACCCAGAGCGGGUGUGGGAGAGCGGAUCCACCCCCGGUCAAGCCUUCAGUGGGGAGAGGAGGGAGGGCCGUUGUCGUACGGCCAUCCCCCGGGAGGAAUGACACCCAGCUGAGGUCUGAUCGCAAUUGAAGUCCCCGAGUCAAAGUUCGCAGCCAAGAUGGGGGCAACGGGCCGAAGUCUGCUGCAUCAGUGUAUGGUGCUGCUCCUGGUCCCGGCUUCUGUCGUAUGUACAGGAUGUACGGGCACUGACCGACGCUCCUUACCCAGCGGACGGAUCCGCGCCCCCACCCUGUCCGAAUACUGGAAUCAGACCGCUUUCUGCUCCUGGAUCAUCGAAGCCUCACCCACAGAGAGAGUCACCCUCAGAUUCCAGAACUUUCACCUGCCCUGCUCCGUGGGUUCGCUGAAAGUGGGCCGGUCGGGAGGAGAGCCCCGGGAGGUGUGCGGGACUGUCCGGCCGCCCAACCUCACCUUCGUUGGGGGCUCUGUCUCCAUCGUCCUCCGGUCCGGAUACUUGACCCGACAAGCAUUUCGGCUCUCGUAUUCCAAAGAAUCCGUCUGCCCUCUGUGCCCGCGGGGGGAGUGCUCCGUGGACACCCUCCCCUGCUCUUCGCUCUCCGCCCCCCCUCUUUCCUCCUCCAUCUCCCCGCCCCCUGUACCCUGCCUCCAGCGCCGCCACCACUCCUUCUGGGGUUCGUUGCGCUCCCCGGACCUGGGCGCGCCGCUCCCCCGCGCCCCUCUGCUCUGCUGCUGGUUGCUAGAAACCGGGGACACGCGGCAGCUAGAGCUGAGCCUGGAGCUGCGGCUGGCGCGGGGAGACCGGCUGGAAGUGCGGCCGGGUUCCGAGGGCCGGAACGCGGACCAGGUCCCUCCACUGGCCGUCUUCUCCGGACCUCUGGGCGGAGACCGGGAGCCGGUCGUCCGCACCUUGUUGACCCCGGCGGGCUCCGCCCUGCUCAGCUACAGCUCCGCCGGUGGCCGGAGCUCCGGCGGCUUCUCCGCCUCGUUCCGUGCGCACGGCUACUGCCCCCCGCCCCUGAUCCCGUGCCGGGACGGCGGCUCGCCCUCCUGCUUCUCCCCGCAGCAACGCUGCGACAGCCACUGGGACUGCGAGCAGGGUGCCGACGAGAGCGGGUGCCCCCGCUGCCCGGCAGGCUUGUUCCCGUGCGCCUUUGGUUCAGGCCUGUGUUACCGACACUCGGAUCGCUGUAACUACCAGGCGGCGUGCCCGAACGCGGCCGAUGAGCGCGACUGCAACUGGUGCCAGCCCGGCAACUUCCGUUGCGGAGACGGGCGCUGCAUCUUCGAGAGCUGGGUUUGCGACGGGCAGCGGGACUGCGCGGACGGCAGCGACGAGAGUGGAUGCAGUGCCGUCGGCCGGCCGCUGCCCCGUAAGGUAACCACGGCGGCGGCGCUCGGCAGCCUGGUUUGCGGACUGCUGAUGGUGGUGGCGCUCGGAUGCACCUGCAAACUAUACCGGCUCAGGAGUAGAGAGUACAGCCUGCUGACACCCCUGGCUCGGAUAGAAGCUGAGAUUAUCCACCAACGCGCCCCUCCUUCCUACGGCCAACUGAUCGCCGACGGGUCCAUUCCCCCUGUUGAUGACUUCCCUACGGAGAACCCCAACGACGUCUCGGUGCUAGGGAACCUGCGCUCGAUGAUACACCUACUGCGGCACGGACCCGACCAGACACGGCGACGGCGCAGACACCGGGCCGUGCGCCGCCUCCUCCGCCGGCUGCGACGCUCUCGCCUCGGCGCCCUCUUCAUUCGCUCCCGGGGCGGCCCCCGAACCCCGGCAGCCUCCGCCUCCACCGCCGCCGCCGCCGCCGACGAAUCUGCUUCUGUGGACACCAACCCCGAUCACCCGGCGUCCGCCCCUCCCAAAGCUGGCCUCCCCUGGGACAGCUCUCCUCCCUCCCAGGCCGCUGCGGACUCCCUCGGCCUCCCCCUCCUGCCCCUGCCCUCUACCGAGUUGGCGCAGAGCGAGGAGGACCACUUCCCUCUGGUAUUCUGAGGGUGGGUGGGAGGACGCUCAGUUUCCUCAGACCCUCCCUGGGGGAUGAGCAUCGACCGAUGAAUGAACCCCCCCCCAAUUCCCUCCUUUCCGCCCCUGCAACCUCUCUUCUCACUCUGACCCCCAUACGCCUUCCCCUCUCUCUGCCUCCUCUACCGGCAUCCCCUCUCUCCCCCAUUCUCCUCCCCUUUCCCUCCACCAUAACCUCAACUUCCGCUCUCCCUACUUCUUCCUGUCUCUCUCCAACCCCCCCCCACCGCAUCUACUCUCCUGUCUUCCCCCUACAUCCUCCGCUCUUUCUCCCGACACCCGUCCUCUUCUCCCCCUCCCCCCCCCCCCCACCGUGUUGGACGGCGUGACUGGUGUUGUGUUUCGGCGCGCGUUUCUCGUCGGAUGGCCUGCACGAUGAGUUCUCAGAGUAAACUUGUUGUGGU